AUGACGUGGCGUCCUGGAGUGCAGCGCUGUCCGUGGUUGGAGAUGACUCGACGGCACCUGGUGUUUCGGGUCACAAUCAUCGUCUUUGUUCUCGCAGCCCUGCUGUGGUCCACGUUUCUGACGCAGCGCACCAUCAAGGUCACGCAGAACAUCCUAAGGCUGCUGCGCAAGCGCCAGGGGAGGCCCGAGCCCAAGAAGUUACACAUUGUGACCGUGCAAGGGGGCGGGACAGGGAUUGGAUUCCAACAGCUGCCGGGAUAA